CUCCCGAAAGCUGAGCUGGGGCGGAGAGGAAAGACAAUACAAAGCCGACCGCUUCUGAUGCAGAAAACCCGCGUUCUUGGGCAAAAUGCUACGGUGUUUGCCGGAAAGGAAGUAAUUCUUGUACCGUGUGUUUAGGGAAACUAGUACUGUGUUCCCUGCAUUCCCAGCUGGCAAGCCAGCUCUCACCUUCCUAAAAUACCUAGCGAUAAAAAUACUAGCAAGGCCCCGAGCCCUGUGUCUUUGCUCAGGCUUGGAUUAAACCUAGAUCCCAGUACAAAUUUGGUGACUGCAAAGAACUUCAGUUUUCCCUGUUCCCAGUUCCUUAUCAUCUCCCAAACGGUUUGUGCCUGAAGUCAGCACCUAAUGCAACAUUGCUAUGCAAUUAUGUCUGUUUCUGACACGUCCAACUGGCUAUGUUGCAGAAUUUUUUAUGUUACACCUGUAAGGAGUAUGUAGAAGACCUGGCAAAAGUCCCCAGAGAGUUUUUACAAGAAGCACAUGUGAGGCUUAUAGUUAUUGGACAGUCAUCUUAUCAUCACAUCAAGCCCUUCUGCAGUUUAACCGGGUAUACACAUGAAAUGUAUGUGGAUCCACAAAGGGAACUUUAUAAAAUGCUUGGCAUGAAAAGAGGUGAAGGUAAUAAUGUGUCAGUGCGGAGCCCUCAUGUGAAAUCAAGCACAUUCCUGGGAAGCAUUAGGAGUAUGUGGAGAGCAAUGACUGGCCCAGCUUUUGAUUUUCAAGGAGACCCUGCUCAGCAGGGAGGAGCUUUGAUUUUAGGCCCAGGCAAUGAAGUUCAUUUUUUGCACCUUGAUAAAAGCAGGCUGGAUCAUGUUCCCAUUAACACAGUUUUGCAGCUGGCAGGAGUUAAAACAGUAAAUUUCACAAACGAACCCCAGAUUAUUGACAUAUGACACUGAAACAAUGUAUAAAUUUUUUUUAUUUGUGCUAAAUUCCCACCAGCAUUGGUAUUGUUGUGUCUUUAUGGGACACCUGAAACGUUAUCUAGAAAAUCAGAGCACAGAAUAAACUACUUGGCACUGAAGAUGGACGCGGAAGUGCUAUUUCUGAUGUAUGUAAGAUAACAAAAACACAACUGAGGCUUACUGCAAAGAAUUCUGUAGCUUAUUAUUUCCUCAUCAAACAAUCUUGCUACUAUACUGUAAAAGUUUGUUCAAGACAUGCUGAACUACAAUAUCUGGUUUUGCUCAGGAAGAACUUGGAAUUCUUGCCUUCAGCAGAUCACACUGGCUUUCAAUCCAAUACUUCACAGUGAUGUUUUAAAGCUUCCAGCACCAUGUGAAUACAAUCUUCUAUUAAACUAUACCUUGAAAAAUCAGAGUUUCAAACACUGGGACUUAUGCUUAUGCCUACUUUUGCAUCUGGCACUGGCA